AUAAACAGACGACUAUAGACACGUCUCUCCAUCCCUCUGCUUCUCCCUUCAUUCUGUCUCCAUUUUCAUUCCCCAACCUCUAAAUUACUCUGGUAAGCAAGAAUAGCAAGAACAGAACAGCUGCAACCAACGGCAAACACAGCUGAAACGAUAAUGGAAGAGAGCUUGUUGCUAAAAGAUGAUAGAUACGAGAAAAGAGAAGAUGCCGGUGGUAGUUCAGGAACUGCUCUAACAUGGCCUAUAUUCACUCAAGAAAUGAAGAAACAAGGUUAUCUAGCGGGUCCUAUGGUAGCUGUUAUCCUUUCGCAGUACCUUUUGCAAGUUAUUUCCUUGAUGAUAGCUGGUCACCUUGGCCAGCUUGCUCUCUCUAGCACCGCCAUCGCCAUUUCUCUUGCUGGUGUUACUGGUUUUAGUGUUCUUAUGGGGUUGGCAAGUGCUUUGGAAACUCUAAGUGGACAAGCUUAUGGAGCUAAGCAAUAUCAAAAAGUUGGAAUUCAAACCCAAACAGCAAUAUUCUGUUUAAUCUUAGCUUCUAUCCCUCUUUCUAUAUUAUGGAUAUUCAUGGGAAAGAUUCUUGUUUUGAUUGGCCAAGACCCUGCAAUUUCACAUGAAGCUGGUAAAUUUUUGACGUGGCUUGUUCCUUCACUCUUUGCCUACACAGCUAUUCAGGGACUUGUUCGAUAUUUUCAAAUGCAAAGUUUGAUCACUCCUAUGCUGAUAAGUUCUUGUGCAACUCUUUGUUUCCAUAUACCUGUCUGUUGGGUUUUAACACUCCAUUCAGGACUAGAAAACCUUGGAGCAGCAUUAGCAAUGGAUAUAUCAAACUGGUUAUUUGUAAUUAUUCUUGGACUAUACAUGAAGUACUCUUCUGCUUGUGACCAAACUCGUGCCCCUAUUUCUAUGGAGUUAUUCCAUGGGAUUGGAGAGUUCUUCCGCUUAGCUAUCCCUUCUGCAGUAAUGUCAUGCCUUGAAUGGUGGUCAUUUGAGCUGGUCGUCUUGCUCUCAGGGCUCUUACCGAAUCCAAGGCUUGAAACUUCUGUUCUAUCUAUCUGUAUCACGACUAUUUCUACAAUCUAUUGUAUUGCAUAUGGACUUGGCGCUGCAGCAAGCACUAGAGUCUCAAAUGAAUUAGGAGCAGGAAACCCACAAGCUGCACGCAUUGCUGUUUAUGCUGUGUUGUUUCUUGGAAUUGUUGAAUCAACUUUAGUAAGCGGAACCCUUUUCGCCAGCCGUCAUGUUUUUGGGUAUGCUUUCAGCAACUCGAAGGAAGUAGUCGAUUAUGUUACGACCAUAUCUCCUCUGAUUUCUUUGUCAGUUAUAAUGGACUGCCUACAAGGGGUGCUUUCAGGAGUUGCAAGGGGGUGCGGAUGGCAGCAUGUAGGGGCUUAUGUCAACCUUGUGGCCUUUUAUAUUUGUGGGAUUCCAGUGGCUGUCCUCUUGGGUUUCUGGUUAAAGUUUAGAGGGAUUGGCCUUUGGAUUGGAAUACAAGUUGGUGAAGUUAUACAAGUAGUUUUGCUCGCUAUAGUUACAGGAUGCAUAAAUUGGGAAAAACAGGCAAAAAUGGCGAGGGAAUGGUUAUUAGGAGAAAGAUCUUCAAUCGAGAGUGGAGUAAUGUAAAAUUUGAGAUACGACUGGUGAGCCAAUUUUAAGAAAUAAAUGAAUUUUACGGUUGACACCAAGAAAAGCUUUCUGUACCGAGGGAUUUAAUAUUGAUCAAUGAUAUUAUGAGAGAAAAGAAGGAUCAAUUUUCUAUCCAUUUAUUGACUUUGUUUUUGGUUA